UGCGGCAGCGCCGCCGCACCCGGAGCGCCGCGGGCCGGACUGCUCCCCGCGGGGCUGCGCGGCAGGUAGAGCCCGGGCACGGGGAGAACGGAGCGCCGGCUCCCCCGCCCGUGAGCCGUGAGCCGUGCGGACCGCGGCGGGGAGCCCGGGCUAGCGGUCCGUGGCGCGCUUCCCGCACGGCAGCGGCGGCGGCGCUAUGUUGGCCCGGUGCCUCCGGUGGCUCCGGCACCCCUGCGGGCGCUCCAUGCCCGCCUCCGAGGCCGUGCCGCAGCCGUCCCCCAGCAAGAGGCAGAAGGGCUCGGGGCCUGCAGAGGUCUCCGCACGGCUGCGCUUCACCAAGCUGUCCGAGAACGCCUUCGCCCCCUCCCGGGGCUCCGCCCGUGCUGCGGGCUACGAUCUUUACAGUGCCUAUGACUGUGUGAUACCACCCAUGGAGAAGGCUGUGGUGAAAACAGACAUUCAAAUAGCGCUUCCUUCUGGAUGCUAUGGCCGAGUAGCACCACGUUCUGGUUUAGCUGCAAAGCAUUUCAUAGAUGUUGGAGCUGGUGUUAUUGAUGAGGAUUACAGGGGAAAUGUUGGUGUGGUACUGUUCAACUUUGGCAAGGAGACGUUUGAAGUUAAAAAAGGAGAUAGAAUUGCCCAGCUCAUCUGUGAACGCAUUUAUUAUCCUGAACUAGAAGAAGUUGAAGCUCUGGAUGAUACAGAACGCGGUGAAGGUGGCUUUGGCUCUACUGGAAAGAACUGAAAAUUACUUGAAUACGCUUUCUAUUUUUGGUUUUUUGUUCUACGAUUUCUAAAUUUCCAUUUGAAUUAGAAGUAGAACUUUUGGAGUACAUAAAAAUAUUUCAAAUUUUAUUGAGACUUCUCUGUAUCUAUGCUGCAGUGAAUUUGUCUGCAUAAUGAGGAAAUAUGCAUGACUGGCUUGACUUAGUAGUUGAUGUAUUAUUUUAUUUUCUCUUUCAAGAUGUUUGGUCCUCAGCAAUAAGAACACAUUGUUUAUGUUGCAAUUAUACUGUAAUAAACGAAGAAAUAACUUAAUGACCUAAAAUACAA